AUGACGUGUGCCAACAAUGUACCGAUCUCGACUAUUGGAUGGAGUAGUGCCAAUGCUAAUCUGAUUUGUGUUGCUGACUGUUUAACUGAUGGUGGCUAUUCUACUGCACCAAUUGAUAUUCUCACUGAUUGUACAUCAGUUAGUUCAUCAUUGAAGAUGAUGACAAGUGAACGAUCGAAAAAUGUAACACUGUCUGCGGAUGCACAUUUUUAUUUAGCUUAUAGAGGAAGUGCUUGGGUGCCACUAAAUGAUCCUGCUAAAACAGCUCUUGAUUGGUCUAUUGUAACGUACAUUGAUCUUCGCAAACGACCAGAUGGUUUCAUUAAUACUUCACCUAUAGCUAAAGUUGUUUCUCCACAAUAUGUCAUUUUGAAUCAAACGACACAAAUUAAUAUUCUUGUUUCGGAUGCGAAUGUUGGUGACGAUGUACGUUGUCGAUGGUCAAAAUAUACAAUUGGAUAUCGAAGACGAAAACGAUCAGACGAAGAAAGACAUGAAAACCACUAUUAUACUGCUCAAAAAUAUAUAAAAGAACCAGACAACAAAGAAAUCAUGGAUCUCAGAAAAAAACGACAGACUUGUUCAAGUGGAUGUUUAAAGGGUGUCAAGUGUAACAGUGUUAGAUGCGAUGGGACCAUGUGCACGACUCUGACCUGUGAAAGCACGUGUUGUGACUACCCAACGACAACAACAACGAGUACAUCCACAGACAGCACAACUUCUACGGAAACUCCAGGAACACCAAAGUCGACUUCGUCGUUUCCAAUACGUCAGGCAAUUGAUGAAUGCGGUGAUAUUUGUUAUCCAAACAGUGUGCCUAAUGGUACAAUCCUGACCAACUGUACUAUCACAUUCACAGGUCUUAAAGCUGGUGUUUGGUAUGGAAUUGUCUUUGUUGUCGAUGUUGCCCAGGAUACUUCUGGUACGUAG